AUGUCAAUGGUCAUCCGAGCCGAUGAUAUUUACCUCCAGUACGCGAAGGAUCAAGAUCCUCAGAAACUUUUUGACAAGGCGGCUACUUGGCUCUCUGUUAUUCAAGAUAAAGUUAUGGAUGAGGAUAAUACGGAGCGUGUCCUGAAAGAGACACACGAUUCAAUCAUUCGCGCCAUUUUUGGAUCCAACAUGAUUGAACGAGCUGGUCUGGGUUGGGACAUUACACUCCACCUAUGCCAAAAGAUCUUCUCUGGUGAAGAUGUCGCCGAAUUUCCUGAGCGGUCUCCUCAAUACGAGAGUGAGCUCUUAGAGAUGUACAGAAAGCAAGGCGAUCUGAAAGACAUGCCUGCGCAGUACAUUCUAAGAGGCCGACGAGAGAUCAUCCAACAUGCCCGCGCAUUUCAAUACAUCAUCCACAAGUUUGUUGUCGAACAGCAGGAUCUUACCGAAGAGAUGAUCAAGGAAACACACCGCAUUCUCACAAAGGGGAUCCCAAUAAUCGAGGAGGGAUUUGAUGAUAUCGCACCGGAGAAAUACGGUGGGAUUUAUCGCGAUGUUCCCGUCGGAGCUGGUUCAACGAUGUUCACUGUCCCUCAAUUCAUUCCUGGGAAGAUGAACCAGCUGUGCGAAAACCUCAAGACAGAACUCCAGCUUGCCAAGUCAUCUAACUCUAUCGAUCCUUUCUCAGUCGCCGCCAAAUACUCUCUGGAAUUUGUACAGAUUCAUCCUUUCCGGGAUGGAAACGGCCGCACAUGUCGCAUGAUUCUGAACGCCAUUCUCUGUCGUUAUGCAGGCAUCAUCGUUCCUAUCGGAGAACAAGGAGAGGAGAGAAGCGAGUACAUCAACAUCAAAAAGCAAGCAAGCGAAACCAUGGAAGGACAUGGUCCUUAUGCAGUUUUUGUUCUCUGCAGAGCUGUUACACGACUCCGAGAACUCAAGAAGAAGCUGACUGGGAAGGGUAAAACGGCCUGA